GAGGGGUAGAGGCGGAACAAACCGGUGUGCCCGGAUACACGGUGUAACGGCUCGCCCGCACUGCAGAUUAACUCUUACCUCGCCGGGGAUGCUGAGGACUUGAAAGUGAAGCUGGGAAGUGGAUGCGGUGGGCACAGAACGCUGAUAUCUCAGCCCCAACAUACAGAUCCCUGGAGCCCAACACACACGCCUCACUCCCCACCGGAGGGGCCCUGUCAUCCUGCUGGAGACCCAGAAGAGAGGGAGGGGACAGUAGGCCAGUGGCAGCUCAGCAUGCUGCGAGCUCCGGAGCUGUGCUCGCUGCCAGACUACUGAACAUCAUGUCCUGUUGCAGUGAGGUGGACGCCCAGAACACAUAGUGGUAGACUCACUCAGAACCAAGACUCUCCUCUGUGUGUUCCAGCAGAGACGGAACCACAGACCUCAGAGAGCCGCCCCCAAGAGAGACCGAGAGAGAGAGGCUGUGGGUGAAUAUUGAAGCGUGUGCGUUUGUGCGAGCGAGCGAGAGCCUGAGUGCAUGUGAGCGUCUGCCUGUGAGUGAGUGUGUGUGUGUGUGUGUGGUGUGUGUGUGCGGAGGCAGGAGGCAGGCAGGGUCACCGGGGGACCCAACCCUGCCCAGGUAAAUCCCGGAUGCAGAACAUUCUAGAGCAGAACUUGGACAUGGCCACGGCUCUGCUGGCAGGAGAGAAGCUGAAGGAGCUCAUCCUUCCUGGCUCUUCCCAGGACGAGAAGAACGGGGCGCUGGCCGGACUGCUGGUCCAGCUCAAACUGGAGCUGCCCUUCGACCGGGUCGUCACCAUAGGAACCGUCAUCAUCCCCAUCCUGCUGGUCACUCUGGUCUUCACCAGGAACUUUGCAGAGGAGUCUAUUUACUGCUACACCCCCCACAACUUCACCAGGGAUCAGGCCCUGUACGCGCGUGGCUACUGCUGGACGGAGCUCCGCGACGCCCCUCCCGGGAUCGAACAGAACCUCCGACCUUCCCUGUUUGAGCACAAGUUCCUGCCCUACGCCCUGCUGGCCUUCGCGGGCAUCAUGUACAUCCCGGCACUGGGCUGGGAGUUCCUCGGGUCAACCCGCCUCACCUCCGAGCUCAACUUCCUGCUCCACGAGAUCGAUAACUGCUACCACCGAGCGGCUGAGGGGCGGGCCCCCAAGAUCGAGAAGCAGAUCCAGUCCAAAGGUCCGGGGAUCACAGAGCAGGAACGCCGGGAGAUCAUCGAAAACGCAGAGAAGGAGAAGAGCCCAGAACAGAACCUGUUUGAGAAAUACCUGGAGAGACGAGGACAGAGCAACUUCCUGGCCAAGCUGUACCUCGGCCGUCACCUGGCCAUCAUCCUGCUCAGCUCCAUCCCCAUCUCCUACCUCAGCUCCUACUACCACCGGCAGCGGCAGGACGAGUUCACCUGCGCCCUGGGAGAGCCCCCCGACACCAGCAGCAUCCCGGACCUCCGGCUGAGCGUCAACUGCAAGGUCCCCGCCGUGCAGCUGCAGCGCAUCAUGGCGGCAGUAGACAUCUCUCUCCUCUGCACCAUGAACUUCAUCAUCCUCAUCAACCUGCUGCACCUGUUCGUGGUGCGCAAGUCCAACUUUGUGUUCGACAAGCUCCACAAGGUGGGCAUCAAAACGCGGCGGCGGUGGCAGAAGUCGCAGUUCUGCGACAUCAACAUCCUGGCGAUGUUCUGCAACGAGAACCGCGACCACAUCAAGUCCCUGAACCGGCUGGACUUCAUCACCAACGAGAGCGACCUGAUGUACGACAACGUGGUGCGCCAGCUGCUGGCCGCGCUGGCCCAGUCCAACCACGACGCCACGCCCACGGUGAGGGACUCUGGGAUCCAGACCGUGGACCCUGGCCUGGACCCGUCCGUGCUGGGGGUCGGGGAGCUCGGGGGGGAGCCCCUCGUCAUCAAGCGCCCUCGCAAGAAGAUCAAGUGGAUCCCCUCCUCCAACCCCCUACCUCAACCCUUCAAGGAACCCUUGACGCUGACUCGCCUGGAGAACCACACCAAGCCUGACAAACCCAAACCGGUUCGCAGGAAAACGGUGGCCGAGACCUUUAUGGCUCCCCUGCUGGACAGCAAGGGUACCCAGUACCCUCCCACAGCUAAAGAUCUGAGUGCGAUGGAGAAGAAGCAUACUCGUAACUUCUCCCUGGACGUGCAUCCCUACAUGCUGACCAUCCGUAAGCCCAAGGUGGAGGCGGUCAUCGCAGAGGCCCUCCCUCCAGAACAUUCCCUGGACGCUGUUUUCAUAGAAGGCACGCACACCAUCGUACACGUGUCGGCCUCCAUCACAGAGAAGACGAACGGCAGCCCAGAGUCCACCAACACAGCCUUCUCCACGGUCACCCUCCCCACCAGCACCUAUCUUAACGGGAUCAGCCCCAACCCCCCCUCCUCAGGUGACCCCCUGAGCCCCGCCCCCCUCGCUAAGGACCUCCUUCCCCAGCAGGAGGCGCCAGACACCAAGCUAGAGUCCUUCACCAGAACCCCCGCCCACCAGCUGCUAGCCAUGCACCACACCCUGUUUGAGGAGGAUGAGGAGGCGGGGAGGAGAGACAGGCUGGCAGAGAGACCCGGGGAGUUGAUCACUGCUGGGGAGUGUUGAGGAGACACCUGCAGACACCUGCACACACCUGCUCCAUCCCAGUCACCCCCCAGCACGUAGCAACCUCUCCUCCAGGUUCCUCCGCCCGCACACGUACGUACUGCUGUGACGGGGCGAGGAACAACAAUAACACAUACAGAGCUGGAGAGCCUUUGGUUGGUGUUUUCAGUCAGUCGUAGGUCAGGAUGAAACACCCGUGAGACAGGUUUCAGUCAUCAACGUUCAUCUAAGGGAGGCAACGCUCGCUAAUCAACAACAAGGCUGGUUACCUCUCGGCAGAGGAGGAUUUACCAGGCUGCUAUUGGGUGGGCUAGCUUCAUUUAGAUCGAGAGUCAACUUGCAAACACUCGUCCACCAGAUCAGGAAACAAGAUGCAGACUUCCUGUUCUCCUAUCAAGAAACAAAAUAAAGGUUCCCAUGGAUGAUGAGGUUGAAUGAGCAUACUGUUAGAAGCUUUUUCUCACAUAUUUCACCUCAACUGCAUCUCUGAUAGGUAGAUAUAACGAAUAAAGUACUAGUUGCUUAUGCUUAUUGUCCCUUUAACAGAGUUAAACAGGUAGCUCAUGCAAUACACCUGUCACAAUCUGCACUGAGAUUAUAUGCACAAUAUGACAAAAUAUUUGUCGCAAUAAUGUAUGCGCUUAUGACAUGAUCUACAUUCAAUACAAUACAACAUAUCAUUCUGAAAAAGCACUGUAUCUUAUUGUUAGUGGCGUGAAAAACAAAUUGGAUGAAAAAGCAAAGUUUUCAUAAAUUCAUGACCAUUUGACGUUCUCCGGGACAGUUCACCAGGGGUCAAACUGACGGAAGUGAUCAUCGGGUUGAGUUUGAUGACCCAAGGAACACAUGUCACUCAUCCCAGAGACUCAAACGACCUGAUGAACUGUCAGAGGGUAUUUUAUUUGGCUAAGGCAGAUGUCCGGUGACAACUGACAAGAACUCAACUGUCUGGUGUGGUGAUAUAUACAGAAUAUAGUAGUAUGGGAUGUGCUCCCAUAUAGCGCAGUGACAGUUAAUGUGUGGAAG